CAAGCAAGCAAAAAAAAAAACUCAAAAGCAUAAAACGCAAAUCUUAAACUGGAUUACAAUGCAGUUGCAGCGCAGCAGACGUCGCUGUCGCGCACACAGAAUUUGGAUUAACGAAAUGCUAGCGGGCGUCGCGCUGCUGCUGCCGCUGCUGGCGCUAGCUAAUUUCAGCAGCGCCCAGGCGACGGAAACCGGCACCUCUCUGGCCAUUUCCUGCACCACAUUGGGCUGCAAAAAUGGCGGCACAUGCAUCACACAAGCGAAUGGCAAAUCCUACUGCGCCUGCGAUACACGCUAUGUUGGCGACAACUGUGAACAUCGGAACCCCUGCCUGACCGGCCAUGGACGCUGCCAGAAUGGCGGCACCUGUCAGGUGGCCUUUCGGAAUGGCCGGCCUGGCAUCUCGUGCCUGUGCCCGCUUGGCUUUGAGGAGUCGCUCUGCGAGAUUGCGGUGGCGAAUGCUUGUGAUCAGGCGCGCUGCUUCAACGGCGGCACCUGCCAGCUGAAGACGCUUCAGGAGUACAGCUGCAUCUGUGCCAAUGGCUAUACGGGCGAUCACUGCCAGACACAGAAUCUGUGCGCCAGCUCACCCUGUCGCAAUGGCGGCACCUGUUCCGCUUUGGCCGGCAGCAGCAGAUUCAGCUGUAACUGUCCGCCUGGCUUUACGGGUCACACCUGUUCCGAGGAUGUGGAGGAGUGCCAAUCGAAUCCUUGUCAAUAUGGCGGCACCUGCGUCAACACGCAUGGCUCCUAUCAAUGCAUGUGCCCGGCUGGCUACACUGGCAAGGAUUGCGAUACCAAGUACAAGCCCUGCUCGCCGUCGCCCUGUCAAAACGGCGGCACAUGCCGCGCCAACGGACUCACCUACGAUUGCAAAUGUCCACGUGGUUUCGAGGGCAAGAACUGCGAUCAGAACAUCGACGAUUGCCCGGGAAAUCUGUGCCAGAACGGCGGCACAUGUGUGGACGGUAUCAAUGACUAUCGCUGCAACUGUCCGCCAAACUUUACGGGACGCUACUGUGACGUGGACGUGGACGAGUGUGCGCUGCGUCCGUCAGUCUGCCAGAACGGAGCGACCUGCACGAACACCCAUGGCACCUACAGCUGCAUCUGUGUGAACGGCUGGGCCGGCAGCGAUUGCAGCGAGAACAUUGAUGACUGCGUCCAGGCGGCCUGCUUUGAUGGCGCCACCUGCAUCGAUGGCGUGGGCAGCUUCUAUUGCCGCUGCACGGCGGGCAAGACGGGCCUGCUGUGCCAUUUGGACGAUGCGUGCACCUCGAAUCCCUGCCAUGCGGAUGCCAUUUGCGACACGAGCCCCAUAAAUGGCUCGUAUGCGUGCUCCUGCGCCACCGGCUACAAGGGCGUCGACUGCUCCGAGGAUAUUGAUGAGUGUGAUCAGGGCUCGCCGUGCGAGCACAACGGCAUCUGUGUGAAUACGCCGGGCUCGUUUAUGUGCAACUGCUCGCAGGGAUUCACGGGACCGCGCUGCGAGACAAACAUCAACGAAUGCGAAUCACAUCCGUGCCAGAACGAGGGCAGCUGCCUGGACGAUCCGGGCACCUUCCGCUGCGUCUGCAUGCCCGGCUUUACGGGCACCCAGUGCGAAAUCGAUAUCGAUGAGUGCCAAUCGAGUCCCUGCCUGAACGAUGGCAUCUGCCACGACAAGAUCAACGGCUUCAAAUGCAGCUGUGCGCUCGGCUUUACGGGCACACGCUGCCAGAUCAACAUCGACGACUGCCAAUCGCAGCCGUGCCGGAACAAUGGCAUCUGCCACGACUGCAUUGCCGGCUACAGCUGCGAGUGUCCGCCGGGCUAUACGGGUACCAGUUGCGAGAUCAACAUCAAUGACUGCGACUCGAGUCCGUGCCAUCGGGGCAAGUGCAUCGAUGGCGACAACAGCUUCAAGUGUCUGUGCGAUCCCGGCUUUACCGGCUAUCUCUGCCAGAAACAGAUCAACGAGUGCGAGUCGAACCCCUGCCAAUUCGGCGGACACUGUGUGGACCGUGUGGGCAGCUAUCUGUGCCACUGUCUGCCCGGCACCAGCGGCAAGAACUGCGAAAUCAACGUGAAUGAAUGCCACAGCAAUCCGUGCAACAAUGGCGCCAGCUGCAUCGAUGGCAUCAACUCGUACAGCUGCAGCUGUGUGCCCGGCUUCACGGGCCAGCACUGCGAGCUGAACGUGGACGAGUGCGCCAGCAAUCCGUGCGCCAACAAUGGCGUCUGCAUGGACCUGGUCAAUGGCUACAAAUGCGAGUGUCCGCGCGGCUUCUACGACGCCCGCUGCCUGAGCGAUGUCGACGAGUGCGCCUCGAGUCCGUGCGUCAACGAUGGCCGCUGCGAGGAUGGCAUCAACGAGUUCAUCUGCCACUGUCCGCCCGGCUAUACGGGCAAGCGCUGUGAGCUGGACAUUGACGAGUGCGCCAGCAAUCCCUGCCAGCAUGGCGGCAGCUGCUUUGACAAACUGAACGCCUUCAGCUGCCAGUGCAUGCCGGGCUAUACGGGUCACAAGUGCGAGACGAACAUCGACGACUGCCUGAGCAAUCCCUGCGCCAAUGGCGGCACCUGCAUCGACAAGGUCAAUGGCUACAAGUGCGUCUGCAAGGUGCCCUAUACGGGCCUCAAUUGCGAGAGCCAACUGGAUCCGUGUGCGAGCAAUCGCUGUCGCAACGAGGCCAAGUGCACGCCCAGUCCCAACUUCCUGGACUUCUCGUGCACCUGCAAGCUGGGCUACACGGGACGCUACUGUGACGAGGACAUCGACGAGUGCGCCUUCAGCUCGCCGUGCCGCAACGGCGCCAGCUGCCUGAAUGUGCCCGGCUCGUAUCGCUGCCUGUGCACCAAGGGCUACGAGGGCCGGGACUGUGCCAUCAAUACGGACGAUUGCGCCUCGUUUCCCUGCCAGAACGGUGGCACCUGCCUGGACGGCAUUGGCGACUACUCGUGCCUCUGUGUGGACGGCUUCGAUGGCAAACACUGCGAGACGGACAUCAACGAGUGCCUGAGCAUGCCCUGCCAGAAUGGCGCCACCUGCCGCCAGUAUGUGAACAGCUAUACGUGCACCUGUCCGCUGGGUUUUAGCGGAAUCGAUUGCCAAACAAACGACGAGGACUGCACGGAGAGCUCCUGCCUGAACGGCGGCAGCUGUGUGGACGGCAUCAAUGGCUACAAUUGCAGCUGCCUGCCGGACUACAGCGGCGCCAAUUGCCAAUAUAAGCUGAACAAAUGCGACUCGGCGCCCUGCCUCAAUGGCGGCACGUGUCACGAGCAGCGCGACGAGUACACCUGCCAUUGCCCGAGCGGCUUUACGGGCAAACAGUGCUCCGACUAUGUGGACUGGUGUGCCCAGUCGCCGUGCGAGAACGGCGCCAGUUGCAGCCAGCUGAAACAUCAAUUCAAUUGCAAGUGCGCCGCCGGCUGGACGGGCAAGCUGUGCGAUGUCCAGAUGAUCAGCUGCCAGGAUGCGGCCCAGCGCAAGGGGUUAAGCGUGAAGCAGCUGUGCAAUAAUGGCACCUGCAAGAAUCACGGCAACAGCCACGUCUGCUACUGCAGCCAGGGCUAUGCGGGCAGCUAUUGCCAGCAGGAUAUCGAUGAGUGCGCCUCGCAGCCCUGCCAGAAUGGCGGCACCUGUCGCGAUCUGGUGGGCGCCUAUCAGUGCAGCUGCCGGCAGGGCUUCCAGGGCCAGAAUUGUGAGCUAAAUAUCGAUGAUUGUGCACCGAAUCCCUGCCAGAAUGGCGGCACCUGUCACGAUCUUGUGCAUGGCUACAGCUGCAGCUGCCCGCCGGGCACCAAGGGCAUGCUCUGCGAACUCAAUCAUGACGAUUGCAAGCCAGGCGCCUGUCACAACAAUGGCAGCUGCAUCGAUCGCGUUGGCGGCUUUGAGUGCGCCUGUCCGCCCGGCUUUGUGGGCGCACGCUGCGAGGGCGACAUCAACGAGUGCCUCAGCAAUCCCUGCUCCAAUGCUGGCACCCUCGACUGUGUCCAGCUGGUCAACAACUAUCACUGCAAUUGCCGGCCCGGUCACAUGGGACGCCAUUGCGAGCACAAGGUUAACUUUUGCGCCAAGUCGCCGUGCCAGAAUGGCGGCGUCUGCAGCACCAAACAGAGCGGACACCAUUGCGUCUGCGCCGACGGCUAUUAUGGCAAGAACUGUGAGUUCAGUGGCCAGGACUGCGAUUCGAAUCCGUGCCGGGCGGGCAACUGCAUCAUCGAGGACGCCGGCGGCUAUCGCUGCGAGUGCAGUCGCGGCACAGCCGGACAGCACUGUGAGAUCGAUACGCUGGACGAGUGCCAGCCGAAUCCCUGCCUGCAGGGCGCCGCCUGCGACAAUCUGCUUGGCGAUUACGAUUGCCUCUGCCCCAGUAAAUGGACGGGCAAACGCUGCGAAAUCUACGAUGCCAGCUAUGCCGGCUGGUCGGGUGCUGCUGGCGGCGGCGGCGGCAUCUAUGCCGCCGAUCUGGAUCAGCAGCGGGCGCUCUGCGAGAAGCGCGGCUGUCCCGAGAAGCAGAGCAACGGCGUCUGUGACUCCGAAUGUAAUACGUAUGCGUGCAACUUUGAUGGUAACGACUGCUCGCUGGGCAUCAAUCCGUGGGCCAAUUGCACGGCGCGCGAAUGCUGGCGCGUCUUCAUGGACGGGCAGUGCAAUCAGGACUGUAACAAUGCCGCCUGCCUCUACGAUGGCCGCGACUGCGAACAGAAGCUGAAGCGCUGUGCGUCCAUCUAUGAUGCCUACUGCCAGAAGCACUACGGCGAUGGCUACUGCGAUUAUGGCUGCAACAAUGCCGAGUGCAGCUGGGAUGGGCUCGACUGCGAGAAGUCGGAGCAGUCCUCCCAGCUGGCUGAGGGCGCCAUGUCUGUGGUGAUGCUGAUGGACAUGCGACAAUUUCGUGCGGAACAGGCGCAAUUCUUGCGCGAAAUGAGUCAUGUGCUGCGCACCACGGUGCGCGUCAAGAAGGAUGCCCUCGGCAACGACAUGAUCUUCAGCUGGAAGGGCGCCUCGCGCAUGCCCGACAUACAGGACACCGAAUUCGGACGCAAGCACAAGAUAUUGUAUACACAGCGCAACGGCCAGACGGGCAUACAAAUCUAUCUGGAGAUCGAUAAUCGCAAGUGCACCGAAUGCUUCAAUCGUGCCACCGAGGCGGCCGAGUUUCUGGCCGCGUCCGCCGCAAAGCACACGUUCACCAAUCGCUAUCCCAUCUACAGUGUGCGCGGCGUGCAGAGUCCCGGCGAGGGCGAGGGCGCCGAGUCGCCGGCUAAUGUCAAGUUCGUAAUAAUGGGCAUUGUCCUGGUCGUGAUUGCGCUGGUCUUCUUUGGCAUUAUGCUGGGCACACAGCGCAAGCGCGCGCAUGGCGUCACCUGGUUCCCGGAGGGCUUUCGUGCGCCCGCGGCGGCUGUUAUGUCGCGUCGCCGUCGCGAUCCCCAUGGCCAGGAGAUGCGCAACCUGAACAAACAAGUCGGCCUGGCCCAGGCGCAGGCGCAUCAGCUCGCCGGCGGCGUCGGCAGCGCCGGUAUUGGCGUCGGCGGCGGCAGUCACUGGUCGGACGAUGAGUCCGAUAUGCCGCAACCGAAGCGCCAGCGUGCGGAUCAGCUCAACAGCGGCGGACUCGCCGGCCUGGGCGGCGGCGUCGGCGGCGGCAGUGUCGCCGGACUCACGAGCGUCGGCUAUGCCAGCGACCAUACAAUGAUCAGCGAGUACGAGGAGGCCGAUCAGCGUGUCUGGUCGCAGGCGCAUCUGGAUGUGGCCGAUGUGCGCGCCAUUAUGACGCCGCCGGCGCAUCAGGAUGGCGGCAAGCAUGACGUGGAUGCACGCGGUCCGUGCGGCCUGACGCCGCUCAUGAUUGCCGCUGUGCGCGGCGGCGGUCUGGACAGCGGCGAGGAUAUUGAGAACAACGAGGACAGCACUGCCCAGGUGAUAUCCGAUCUGCUGGCGCAGGGUGCCGAGCUGAACGCCACUAUGGAUAAGACAGGCGAGACCUCCUUGCAUUUGGCGGCACGCUAUGCUCGCGCGGAUGCGGCGAAGCGGCUGCUCGACGCCGGCGCCGAUGCCAAUUGCCAGGACAAUACGGGCCGAACGCCAUUGCAUGCGGCAGUUGCCGCCGAUGCGAUGGGCGUCUUUCAGAUCUUGUUGCGCAAUCGUGCUACCAAUUUGAAUGCACGCAUGCAUGAUGGCACCACGCCCCUCAUACUGGCCGCACGCCUUGCCAUCGAGGGCAUGGUCGAGGAUCUGAUCACAGCCGAUGCGGACAUCAAUGCGGCCGACAAUUCUGGCAAAACGGCGCUCCAUUGGGCCGCCGCCGUCAACAACACGGAAGCGGUAAAUAUUCUGCUGAUGCAUCAUGCGAAUCGCGAUGCCCAGGAUGAUAAGGAUGAGACGCCGCUGUUUCUGGCCGCACGCGAGGGCAGCUACGAGGCCUGCAAGGCGCUGCUUGAUAACUUUGCCAAUCGCGAGAUCACCGAUCACAUGGAUCGCCUGCCACGGGACGUCGCCAGCGAACGGCUGCAUCACGACAUUGUCCGGCUGCUGGACGAGCAUGUGCCGCGUUCACCGCAAAUGAUUAGCAUGACGCCGCAGGCAAUGAUUGGCUCACCGCCGCCUGGCCAACAGCCGCAGCUGAUCACACAGCCGACGGUCAUUCCGGCCGGCGGCGGGGCCGGCAAACAGAGCAGCCAGGCGGCUAAGCAGAAGGCCGCCAAGAAGGCCAAACUCAUCGAGGGCAACAGUCCCGAUAAUGUGCUGGAUUCCUCUGCUGGCGGUCCUGUUGGCAACAUGGGCAGCCUGCGACGUAAGGCUAGCUCAAAAAAGGGCAACAACAACAAUCACAACAACCACAACAACAACAACAACGGCAGCAGCGCAGCCUCAAAAAAGGCCAUGAACGGCCUGAAUGCCGCCCAGCUGCUGACAUCGUCGGCCAUCGCACAGGUGACCAACAACAACUGCACGGAUCUGGACUCACCGCCGCCGCCAACAAUAGCAACAGCCGGCGGCGGUGGCAACGGCAACGUCAACGGGCAACUGGUGAAUCUGCCCAGCCCCUACGACACCAGCUCCAUGUACUCGAAUGCAAUGGCAGCGCCGCCCAACAACAACAACGGCACCAAACAGCCGCCGAGCUAUGAGGACUGCAUCAAGAACGCACAGUCGCUGCAAUCGCUGCCAGCGAACAGUCUAGACAUGAUUAAGCUGGACAACUAUGGCUAUUCGAUGGGCUCGCCAUUUCAGCAGGAAAUGCUGAACGGUCAGGCGCUGGGCCUGAGCGGCGGACGCAGCACCAAUACGCUGUGCGGCCUGGUCAACGGUGCGCCCAAUGGCGGUCACGAGCAGGGCCUCAGUCCGCCCUACUCCAAUCAGUCGCCGCCGCACUCGGUGCAGAGCAGCCUGGCGCUAUCGCCGCACGCCUAUUUGGGCUCACCAUCGCCGGCCAAGUCGCGGCCCAGUUUGCCCACAUCGCCGACUCACAUUCAGGCAAUGCGGCAUGCCACGCAACAGAAGCAAUUCGGCAGCAAUCUGAACAGUCUGCUGGGCGGUGGCAAUGGCUCCAUGGGUCCGCAGAGCUCGCCGGUUAGCCUGGGCAUCAUAUCGCCGACGGGCAGCGAUAUGGGCAUCAUGCUGGCGCCCCAGUCCUCCAAUAAUGCAAAAAGCAGUGCAAUAAUGCAAACGUUGUCCCCGCAAAUGCAGCAGCAACAGCAGCAGCAGCAACAGCAGCAGCAACAGCAGCAGCAGCAACAGCAGCAGCAACAACAACAGCAGCAGCAACAACAGCAGCAGCAGCAGCAACAACAACAACAACAGCAGCAGCAGCAACAAGCAAUCGGAGGCCUUGAAUUCGGUUCAGCCGGUUUGGACUUGAAUGGAUUUUGUGGAUCUCCGGACUCAUUUCACUCGGGUCAAAUGAAUCCGCCUUCGAUACAAAGUUCAAUGUCGGGCUCGUCGCCGUCGACCAACAUGUUGUCGCCAUCGUCGCAGCACAAUCAGGCCUUCUAUCAGUACCUAACGCCGCCCAGCCAACAUUCGGGCGGACAUACGCCGCAGCAUCUGGUGCAGACGCUGGAUAGCUAUCCGACGCCAUCACCGGAAUCGCCGGGACAUUGGUCAUCAUCGUCGCCGCGCAGCAAUUCGGAUUGGUCCGAGGGCGUACAAUCGCCGGCGGCCAACAAUCUAUACAUCUCGGGCGGCCAUCAGGCCAACAAGGGCUCCGAGGCCAUUUACAUUUGACAUAAGCGCACCUAGACGCAGGCGGAGCACAGCAUGGCGACGACGAGCAGACGUUAAAGGUGUGGGCACUCAAAGUGCGCAGCCACCAGCCAGACAGCCAGCCAGACAGCCAACUAGCUGGCGAGCUAGUUUUUGACUUUUAGCAAGCCCUCCUCCCGUACCCUUCGCGCAAAAAAGAAAAAGACCUCACCCACAACAGCUUCUAAUUUUUUUUUUUU